AUGUUUGCUUACAACAAUGGUUCCACGCAUUUCACAGGAUGGGAUUGCGCCCCCAAUGGUUUCGUGCCGACCUACCAGCACCAGAUGGAAGGCUUUGAAAAUUUCCAUGUUCCGUAUGAGAUGCCGCUAGCCGUCACCACGUCUUCUCACUCGUCUGGACAAUAUGGGUCAAGCUUCCAAAUCCCAGCAUAUUAUAAUGGUGGAUAUUUCAACUCGUCAAGUCAGCAGGAUUUCCGGAGUCACGUUGGACCAAUCCACCGAGGAUAUGGAAGACAUCAGACAAAUGGAAUGCCAUACCAAGUCAAGACUAGAACACCACUCCAAACAAUGAAUAAUGCGAAUCAGUAUGCUAUCGAACAAAACCACUAUCCAUAUAAUCUGGAGAAUUUUCAAUUCCCACCAUUUCCAGAAAUUCCACAAUCUCAUCUUGCUAAUCCACAUUUUUCAGUUUCAUCAACUUCAACUUCUUCUCCUUGCAAUCUUGCUUCUUCUCCAUCUUCAUCAAUUUCAUCCCCGCCAGUCUCAAAAGUUCCGAAACUGGAUGUUUCUCUACCUGAGGGUACCAUUAUCGAUACCACAGACAUUCUGAACAGAUGUGAAGACUCGAGGACGUCUUUUGUUUACAAAGGAAAGUUUUUAACUCAAAAACAAUUUUCAGAAAUGGUUCUCGGGAAGUCUCAAGGAUACUAUUCCAGUCUCUUCAAACAUUCAAAACCAUGGGAAUCACUGAUAGAUUCAGGAAAGCAGCUGUACAUCAGGAUGUUCAACUGGCUCAAUUUGGACGACAAUCAGAAGCAAGAGUACCUAGAAAUCGAGAAAAUAAAGGAACAGUUGUUUGAGGGAAGAGAUGAGUCAGUUGAUCCAAAGCCAAAGAAGAAUCGUACGAAGUUCACCAAAUUCCAACUGGACAGAUUGAAUGCUUCCUUCGAUGACAAUUGCUAUCCAUCGGCAGAAACAAAGGCACAGCUUGCAAAGGAAAUGGGUCUUGCAGACAUUUUGAUUAUCGAAAAUUGGUUCUUGAACCGAAGAAGAAGAAUGGCAAAGCAAGAGUGA